AAUUUAAAGUAACUUGCUUAUAAAAAAAAAUAAAAUGUAAUGUAACUUGCCAAAAAACCGAUUUUUAUUAAUUGUAUGGUCCCAUCAUUAAUAUUUAUGUCUUGAUUGGUUCCUCCUUAAAUAUUGAUUUCCUGUGUUCAGUAGCUUCAUUAGAUUAGAGAUGGAAUCUAUGAUGAUCAACACAUGGUUGCUGUUACCUAUUCUUUUCUUGUCUGCAAACUAUUUGAUACAAUGUGUCAAUGGAAAACCCCAAGUACCUUGUUUGUUUAUCUUUGGUGACUCUUUAUCUGAUAGUGGAAACAACAACAACCUUCCUACCUCUUCAAAAGCUAAUUACAAUCCUUAUGGAAUCGACUUUCCGAUCGGUCCAACCGGAAGAUUUACCAACGGUCGAAAUUCGAUUGACAUAAUAACUCAACUUCUUGGAUUUGAGAAAUUCAUUCCACCAUUUGCAAACAUUAAUGGUUCAGACAUACUCAAAGGUGUGAACUAUGCAUCUGGGGGAGCUGGAAUUCGUGCCGAGACAAGCAUGACUAUGGGUUUUGUUAUCAGCUUGGGAUUACAGUUAAAAAAUCACAGAGUUAUAGUUUCUCAAAUUGCUGGAAAACUUGGAAGUGUUGACAAAGCUCAACAAUACCUUAACAAAUGCUUGUAUUAUGUGAAUAUAGGAAGUAAUGACUACAUAAAUAAUUACUAUCUUCCCCAAUACUAUCCAACAAGCCACAUUUAUAACACUGAGCAAUAUGCAGAAGUUCUAAUUCAAGAGCUAUCUUUGAAUUUACUGGCUCUACAUGAAAUUGGAGCAAGAAAAUAUGUGUUAGUUGGGUUGGGCCUUUUAGGCUGCACUCCAAAUGCCAUCUACCUUCAUGGGACAAAUGGGUCUUGUGUUGAAGAGGAAAAUGCCCCUGCAUACAUUUACAAUGCUAAGCUUAAAUCUCUAGUGGAUAAUUUCAACAAGUUUUCUCUUGAUUCCAAAUUCAUCUUCAUAAACAGUACAUCAGAAUCAGAUGGCCAGAGUUCGGAUGGUUUUUUGGUAUCAAAUGCUCCUUGUUGUCCAUCAAGGUUGGUUGGUGGAGGGUGUAUUCCUGAUGAAAAGCCAUGCUAUAAUAGGAGUGAUUAUGUGUUUUGGGAUGAUUUUCAUCCCACUGAUGCUUGGAACCAACUCAUUGCAAUAGGAUUUUAUGAUGAUCCAUAUAGUUCAGGGUACACUUAUCCAAUGGAUAUUAAGCACCUUGUUGAACAAGAAACUAAGAUGGAAUUGGAGUCCAUAAAUGAGAAUACAUCACAGCUUAGUGCCUCUAGUUAAAUAUGUUCAAGUUAUUUUUAGCUUAGUAUUUCUUCAUUGUCUUGAAGCUAAAUAAGGUUUUCAUAUCAAAUGGUUUCUGAAACCGAAAUAAAUCGAAUAAAUUUAAUCGGUUAUCCUGCCUUAAUUUUUUUCCCGAUUUGUCCGAUGAUGUGCUCAAGCAAAUUUGACUUGGCUUAUUAUUGUUAUAGUAUUUAACCUACAUUUACUCUUGGAUUCUGUAAUAGUAUUUGAUUCUGGAAUGAGAAUAGAAUGCAGAAUGGAUGCAAUAAUUAGUUUUAUUCAUCUUAUUUAAUUCAUUCAA